AUCAAUAUGGAUUGACACACUCAACUCCAUCUCUGUAAAGUCGUCCCGUUCACAAGGAGUGGUGUCUGCAUCGAGGAAGGACGUUUUAUACUCUGGAGCAAAAACACGGAUAUUCUCCUCAAGAACUAUGUUGUCAGACCUCGAAAAGGCAAUGUUGACCAUCGUGCAGAUCUUCCACAAGUACUCCAGGCACAAGUGUAAGCUGAAAAAGGCUGACCUGAAGCUUCUCAUUAACAACGAGAUGAGCCAAUUUAUCAUGAAAAUCCAGGACAGGGAUACCCUUGACAUGUUGUUUUCUGAUCUGGAUCAGAACAGAGAUCGAGAGAUCGACUUCCAGGAGUUCAUACCCCUGAUCGCCAUGGUGACAUCAGCGUGCAACGAUCUGUUCAUGGGGGUUCAUCAUUAA